AGAUGAUAGUCACUGGCAAUUUUGGUUGUUUGAAAACCUCAACAACUUUUUUGGUAGAAGAAUCAGAUGGAAUGAGUGAGUGAAGAGGAUCAGAACAGAACACAGCACAGAAGAAUGAUGAGAGCGAAUAGAAGUUCGAUCUUAGCCACACUCGCUUUUCUAAUGUUAAUGGGCGUUGCAGUCUAUUUUAGACUCUGGGCCAUUCACUACAACCUUUCUGCUGAUGACACUCAAAUCAUAAGGCAACAGUUUGAUAUUGCUAACAGAGAGGCAAUGGAUGAAUCUGCUGAGUGGAGGCUGAGGUACGAUGAGGAGGUGGAUAGGACGAAGCAGUGCUUGCAGGAGCUUCAAGUGUUUCAGGAGUCCUCUCACAAGGGGCAGAAUGCUUCUCAUAUUAACCAUAAAUUGGCAGUACUGCAAAAGGAGAAUGCAGUCUUACUUGAAAGGUUGGAAACAUUGAAAAGAGAGCUUGAAGAGGAAAGGUUGAAGUGCAGGGCACGAUACAUGAAAUAAUCAUGAAAGUAUUGACUAGAAGUAUAUUUUGUCUUUUUGUCCUUGGUGUUCAACCGUAUACACACGGAUCAUUCACGGAAUAUGGAAAUACGUGAGUCACACUAAUCAUUCCUUCUUUAUUUUCUUUAAGGGGGUUUUCAUUAGUCUGUGUACCUUAUUAUGGACAGAUGUAUAUUUUUUUAACCUUACCUGAUAAUUUCAUAUUUUAAUUUCUUUAAAGAACAAAUGUUCUGUGUAUGCCUAGACUAUGUGUUGUGGGCCAUUAUCUGAUUAAUCCAGU